CAAGGAGCGGCCGUGCAUAGCCGUGCCAAGCCGCUCGCUGAAAGCCGGCCGGGCGUCGUCUGUUCGUUGUGGGGGGUUGUGGUGUGGUUUUGGCGCCUUUGGUGGUGUUUCAUGUUGCUCCUAUGUCACGAGGAAAGCUGCGAAUGGUUGCUGACGUGUGUGGAGACUGCGGCGCUUCUGAGCCCCAGUGGGGGUCCCUGAGCCGAGGCCUGCUGCUCUGUGAUGAGUGCUGCAGCGUGCAUCGCAGCCUCGGUCCUCAUGUGUCCCGUGUCCGCCACCUCCACAAGGCAUCCUGGGCACCAGCACAGCUGAGUAUGGUGCACAGCCUGCAUGCGAGUGGCGCCAACGCCAUUUGGGAGCACCAGCUGCUGGAGCCGGGCAAGGCAGCUGGACGACGCAAGCCCAGCGCCCGUGACAGCCUCCACCCAGUCAAGUCCGAGUUCAUCCGAGCCAAGCACCAGAACCUGGCGUUUGUGCACCGGGUGGCCAAAGAAGGGGAGCAGCCGACCCAGGAGGACCUCAGCAAGCAACUACAUGCCAGUGUGCGCACAGCCAACCUGGAGACCAGCCUGCGCCUACUUGCCCAGGGGGCACUACCUUCCCACCUGCACCCUGACAAAGGCAGCACGGCACUGCACGUGGCUGCGCGCAGUGGCCAGGCCUGCCAGGUGGAGCUGCUGCUGGUGUAUGGGGCGGACCCGACUGCCAGGGAUUCGCAAGGCAUGACGCCUGCGGACUGUGCCAGGGAAGCCGGCCAUGCUGACCUCGAAGCACGCCUCAUAGAAAGCCAGUACGAGGUCACUGACCGACUGGCCCACCACCUCAGUGGGCGAAAUCCAGAGCACCACCUGGGACAGCACUUCAUCCUGCCUGAGAUGGCUGACUGCCUGGACUUGUCAGCACAUGCACGGGCAGCCAAGUACAAGCUCCAGUCGUUGCCAGAGCGGUUAUUUGUGGAGCUUGCACGAGACCUGUAUGAUGAGGUGGACCGGCGAGAGUGCGAGGCCGUGUGGCUCGGGGGUGGGGCCAGCCUGGUGGGGGCCGACAGACAGGCCGUGCCCUUCCUGCCCGUCAGUCCCGAGCUGUCCUCCACCAGAAACCAGGCUCGCCAGAAGCUUGCGCGGCUGACGGCUCGGGAAUUUGCCACCCUGCUCAUUGACGUCCUGUCAGAGGCCAAGCGACGACACCUGGGGGCCAAGCAGCCCGGCUGGGAAGAGCAUCGGCUAAGUGAUGACGAACCCCUCUACGACAGUGUUGCAUCCGAUGAAGACAACAACGCUGGCAAGCAGCUGUGGCAGCGCAUGAGUGAGCUGCAGCGAGAACAUGCAGGCCAUGCGGCUGGACCUGGAGGCUGUACAGACCACGCUGGCGGCCAUGGUGCGGCAGCCAUUGUCACCCCGAGGCACGUCAUCCCCUCAGUCACUGCGCAGCCCGAGGCCACAGUCGAUGUGUGAGUGGCGCCACCUGGCUGGAGCCACAGGAACACCAAGGACAGGUGUCCACUGAGCUUCCAGUAAGUGUUUAGAAGAACU